AUGCAUUGGGUGGUAGACAAGAGUUCCCGAGAACCUGAUUGGUCAUGGAAGGACAAAACACUACGCUGGUUAUUCUGCCAUGAUGAAACUCAUGGCUCCCUAAUCGUGCUCGAUGUUGACUUGUUGUUCAGUGCCAAUAGCAAGGAAUUCUGGAACCAUUUCAGUCAUUUUCAACCCGGGGAAUGGCGUGGGGUGCGGUCGGUUAUUCCGACGACAGUCUCGCGAUUCUCGUUGGACGUGCGAUCACACGGAACUCAUGAGAAAACAAGUCAAGCCAGGCUCAGCAAACGCACCGUGGAUAAGCCAUUCGGGCUGUGUGUGAAAAAUCGGGUGAAUGUCAAGAGUCCUGUUCAUCUCCAGCCGUCCCUCCAUAAGGAAUUAAUACUGGAGUGA